AUGAUGGAUAGAAGGCAUGAUGAAGAAGAGAAUAUGGUUGCACUCUAUGAAGCCUCAUGGAAUGGGUGUGUAAGCACUUUGACCACAUUGAUCCAAAGGGACGCACGUAUCCUUGAUAGAGUUUCACUCACAUCUUUUAGUGAGACUCCCUUACACUUAUCAGCUUUGCACGGCCACCUUGAAUUUAGUAGAGUUCUUAUCAACAAGAAACCUACACUUGCGAAAGAGGUGGACUCACUGGGACGAACCCCUCUUCACUUGGCUUCUGCUGAGGGCCACACUGAGAUAGUCAAAGCAUUGUUGCAAGCAAAUAAAAAUAUUUGCUCAGCUGUUGAUCAAUAUGAGAGAAUUCCUCUCCACUUAGCCUCAAUGAGAGGACACAUAGAGAUUAUAAAAGAGUUGGUUAUUGCUCGACAAGAGUCCAUCCGAGUGAAUCUCAAUGGAGACAGUGUAUUGCACUUGUGUCUUCGAUAUAAUCAUUUAGAUGCUCUCAAAUUGUUAGUGGAAUCAGCUAAUGGUGAUGAAUUAUUCCUCAAGUCCAAAGACCAUGAUGGCAACUCCAUAUUGCAUUUAGCUGUGAUGCUCAAGCAAAUGAAGGCCAUAAAAUACUUAUUAUCCAUUCCGGAAAUAAAAAGAGAGGCUAAUGCCAUGAACAUGAUUGGUUACACAUCUUUAGAUAUCCUAGAGGCAUGUAACGCAUGUCCAAGAGAUUAUAAAUGUUUUGAAAUCCAAAACAUUCUAAAGGAAGCCAGUGUCAAAAGAUCAACGGAACUAAAUUCUUCCAUACCGCUGGCACCGAGUGGUAUUGGUAUUGAUGGAGCACAACGAGCUCAAUCAAGGUUUAGGAGAUGGUGGGGGUGCAUUUGUUUGUCAUUAGGUAAAUACUGGAAGCACCAGGAAAAUUGGAAGGAGGAAACAUGUGGCACAUUGAUGGUAGUGGCCACUGUGAUGGCAACCAUGGCUUUCCAAGCUGGGAUCAGCCCACCAGGUGGCGUUUGGCAACAAGAUACAUCCAACUGCACAAAAGGUUACAACUUUGCGCAAGAUAAUAUUUGUGAAGCCGGCACAGCAGUUUUAUCUUAUUCCAAUCCUAAUGGCUACCUAUGGUUCUUAAUUUUCGAUUCCACAUCUUUCUUUGCAUCUCUGUGCGUCAUACUUUUGGUCGUUAUUGGAUUUCCUCUUAGGGGCAAGUUAUUUAUUUGGCUCUUGACGUCAACCAUGACUAUCUCAGUCACGUCCAUGACAUUUACCUAUGCAUUUGCAGUGGCUUUGGUGACCCCGGAUCAUAUUUUCAAAAGAUUUUACUUGGAGGCCUUUAUAUUAAUAUAUAUUUGGUAUGGAGUGCUUCUGAUUGCUGGUGUAAUUCACAUAAUCCGCCUACUCUAUUGGAUUGUGAAGAAGGUGAUUAAUAUAAUUCGCCUACUCUAUUGGACAGUGAAGGAGUUGUGCACUUUCAUACGCAAGUCAACAAGGGGCCCAGCUGAAGAUCCGGCUAAUUUCUAA